AUGAGCAACCUCAUGUUUUGGGACCAGCUACAGGCUGGCAGCUCCGAAGUAGACUGGUGCGAGGGCAAUUACCUCAUUUACCCCGGCAUAGCGGAGUUCUACAACACGAUCAGCAACGUGUUGUUUUUUAUUUUGCCACCUAUUUUAAUGUGCUUGUUUCGUCAGUACGCCACACAUUUCAACAGUGGAAUAUAUCUAAUAUGGACUCUUCUGGUUGUUGUUGGGAUUGGCUCCACGUACUUCCACGCCACCCUCAGCUUCCUGGGCCAGAUGCUGGAUGAGCUGGCCAUCCUCUGGGUCCUCAUGUGUGCCAUCGGCAUGUGGUUCCCCAAGAGGUACCUGCCCAAAAUCUUCCGCAGGGACAGGUCAAGGUUCAAAGUGGUCAUCGCCAUCCUCUCUGGGAUCACCACCGGCCUGGCCUUCGUGAAACCCGCCAUCAACUCCAUCUCCCUGAUGACCCUGGGCAUCCCCUGCACCGCCCUGCUCAUAACUGAGCUUAAGAGGUGUGAGAACCCGCGCGUGUUUAAGCUGGGCCUGAUCUCGGGGGUGUGGUGGACGCUGGCUCUCCUGUGCUGGAUCAGCGACCGGAUCUUCUGUGAGAUGUGGUCCUACGUCAACUUCCCCUACCUGCACUGCGCAUGGCACAUCCUCAUCUGCCUGGCGGCCUACCUGGGCUGUGUGUGCUUCGCCUACUUCGACGCCGCCACCGAGGCCCCGGAGCAGGGCCCCGUCAUCAUGUUCUGGCCCAGCGAGAAGUGGGCCUUCAUCGGGGUGCCCUACGUCACCCUGCUCUGCGCCCACAAGAAGUCCUCCGUCAAGGUGACAUAGCCCUGCAGACCCCACGAAGACCGCCGCCUCCCCCCCCCAAAAAAAAGAACACACUCGUCAUGAAGAGCCUGUUUUCACACACACCCUUGUUCCCCCCUUCAGAGACAGUGCAAUUUCUAUAUAAGCUCACCAGAGACGUUUAAAGCUGUUUUUAAAUGUUUGAUCUCCAGAAUGAACUGACUGGUUGGGAGCUGAGACAUGCGUUACUGACUUUUCCCACAAUCACUGAUGGUCCUUACGCCACAGAGUGUGCCCUACCCUAAAGUAUCCUGCUUAGGAACCCAGGAUUCAAACCAUUCUGGAGCCGGAUGGAAAGCCUUAUUGGAACACAGAGAGCACAUGAGGGUUUUUUUGUCUAGCGAGUGAUUUGAAACUCUAACUACCACAGGACUGUCUAAAUGGAGAGCUGGUGUGCAUAAUGGUAAUCAUGGUGCAUCACUGUAGUAGUUAUUCAUCACUAAUUAUAGUAAUUAUGUAUCACUAAUUUGACAAACUGAUCGAGAGCAACAGAAACACCAGCAUAAUAGACCGGCCCCACAGGCUCAGAGUAUAACACACUGACCCUCUAGGCCACUGAUUCUCAGUCCUGCUCCUGGGGCCCCCCUGCUCUGCACGUUUUCCAUCUUUCCCUGCUCUACCUACCGGACUGAAUUCACCAGCGGCACUCUUGAUUAGCUGAGCACACCUGGUUUAAUCAAGAGCAUGUUAAUCACAAGGAUAGAUAGAAGAUAUGCAGGAAAGGUGGGCUCCAGGAGUAGGACUGAGAAACACUGCAAGUCUAGCUGAAAGUUUAACACACCAGCCUUACAGGGACAGCAACAUUUUCCUUUUAUCACACUAAUUUUCCUGUGCAUUCUUUGAAUGUGGCACAACUUUUGAGUGAAUCGGGGGGGUGGUUUUAUCAGUGCCAUCCCAUAGACCGUGCUCUGUCCUUCCGUAUCCUUCUGGAGUCCAGAGGACAAGCUCAUCAGCAAGACACCAAGAAACAUCAACUCAUCCAUGUCCGCCACAUCCUUAGCUUGCCAGCACCAGGAACUGCGAUUUCAAGGUGGAAACACCCGUCUGUGUCCUUCCGGUCACACUGAUGGGCGUUUCCAUGCACAAAUGGUCGCUACCAAGGUUCCAGAACCAGAGGCCUCCGCUCCUGAGACUCAUGGUUUGGGUUCUGAUGUUCUGUGUGUUCCUAACAUCAGAACAUAAGCGCCUGUAUAGUGGGACUGACCCCUAUAAUGACAUGUGUUGGUCUCAUGCAUUUGCCUGCCACGGAUUGGUGUUUUUGCCACUUGCUAAUUCAUAAGCGAAUGAUUUGGGCGGUAAUAGAGGUCAGAUUUUGAGAGUUUGAGUGACUCCAAUGAAUGUCAUGAAGGUAGAGCUUCUGCAUGCAUCCUUUGUAGAUCUCACAUAUUCAUUUCUAACAUUACAUUUUCAUUGUUCUCUUUUGAGCUGUUUUGUUAGUUAAAUUAUGUUAAUAUAUAGGGAAAUGUGUAGAAAAUUUAUCAUAUUUUUUAAACUUUUUUUAAAUUCCAGAUUUAAAUCAUGUGAUCGGCUUCAAUAUGUUUGAUGACGUGUUCAAGGUUGCUGUACAUGGAGGCGUUUGUUACCAGGGAUAUAUUUGUUCUUCCCCGAAAGCAAGAACCUUCCUCUUUUUCAUCCAGCAUUUCUAAUGUUGUGAUGUUAACAUUUUCAAUGCGAGACUGGGAAAAAAACAGAACCAAAACCAAAGAUACAAACUUAAACAGUUUCAGAUAUGAGGAAUGCAGAAUAGAGUUUUCGAGAUGAUACAUUAAUACAGCACACAACAACGUGUGUGACACCCUUGCUCAAAACUGAGGGUCUGUUGGCCUUCCUGGUAUACAGUGGUCCUUACAGCAUGACAAUGUUAAGAAUUUAAUGAAGGUUGCUAGUUCACACAUAUGCAAAGCAAUCACGUUGGUGCAUUGCACGUUAUCAAGAAAAGCCAUCCGUUUGAACAACUCAUUUUGUUUGGUUACAGUUGCCUGCCAUAUAUAUGUAAAAAGAAUCCCUUGGAAGAAACCCUGGCUUGCAUUUACACAUGUUGCUGAUUACAGUGCUUCAGUAUCUUGAAAUGGAUCUUGCAGUGGCUUGAGUGAUUACUGUUGGCCUAUCCCAGCUUCCACAACUGUGCUGGCAGUCAUAAACAAAUAUGUAAACAUUUACUCAAACAUGAAAAGUGAAGACACACCAAGGAAGGCUCGGGGCCAAAGCCCUCCCUGCGGAAAGACCGCUAACGUCACGCGGUAUAAUAAGAAACCUCAGAGGCAUUGUCAGGCUGGGGUUGUGGCAGAAACCGUGAGGCCGAGGAGAUGCUCUCAGAGACUUUUCGCCUGGGAGCAGGAGCAGGACAGAUGAUAAUCCCACUCUGAUCUCCUUACUCUGAUCUGAGCACAGUUCCCUUAAAGAGCCUCAAGUGUGUGCUCCUCUCUCUCUUUUUCUCCCCUUUCCCCUCCCUCCUAAUCCCUGCAGCUCUGCUCCAUCUCCCUCUCUCUCCAUCUUUUUAAACUCCUCCUCUUAACCCUUGCCACAAUCCCUCCCUCCAUCUCUCUCUUUCUCUCUCUCAGCGUGUGGUCAAGACGCACCAGCAGAUUGCACAAAGAAAUAUUUAUUUUCAUAAUUUUAACCAAUUUUUGUAGACAUGUUUGUA